CUUGCUUGACUCCCAGUCUCAUCAUCUCGAUCAGCACUUGGGUGAUCUGCGCAUGCCUAGCCUGAGGCAGUGCAGCGCCUUAGCUGUUGCCAUCGACAGGCAGCUGCUCGUCCACCUCUCGGCGACGAAGAUGAAGAUCAGCAAGGCCCCGGUAGUCCUGAAGAAGGCGGUGACCAUGUGCAAGAGCAAGACCGGCGUCCUCGCCGCUAGGCUCCUCUUCCUCGCUUCGCUCCGCCGCAGGAUGGCCACCGUCGGCGUGGUCUCUCACAAGAUACACGCGCUCAUGGCGGCAGCGGACCGGGCGAAGGCGGGAGGGGACUGCCACAAGGCUGUCGUCUCGCGCAAGGUCGAGAAGACGCUUCCCGCGAUCCAUAGCGUUGAUCUUACGCAUCAAUUGGCACUGUUUUGUCAAGAGGAGGAUGGUGAUGCUGGCUUCCCUGACUGGACGCUGCACCCCAUCUUCAAUGACGAUGACAAUUGCUGUUACACGGAAGACGACGAUGAAGAUGUUGGUGAUGUGCUACUCGAUGGGUGCGAUGGCCACCACGACGAGCCCUCUGUGAUAGAUGUGAUCAGGAGCAACAUGGAAGUCCAGGGGUUGGAGCUCAACAUGGAGGAUGAGAUCGACCAAGCUGCCGAUAUGUUCAUCAGGAGGUUCCGGGAGCGGAUGAGCAAGAGCAUUUAGUCACCUGCUUGUGUUUCAUCUAUACCUGAUUGCACGAAUGUGUGCCGCUGACUACUUGACAGUAGAUGUCGCGAGGGAGAAUGUUAGAUUGACACCGUAGCAUAUAGUAGGGGGCACUAAACUAGUACACGGGUCUGAACAUGUUCGCCCUACUAGAUCUUUUCCGGGCACCCACAAUUUUUUUUUUUGAGAAAUAGUAACGUGUAGUAUAGUAGAAUCAUGUAAGGGGUAGCAGAUAUUUAAACAUAUUUUUU